AUGGUGACGGUGAGAUGUGGGCAUUGUGCCAAUCUGCUGUCAGUUAAUAUGGGAGCUUCCCUUCAGUCGAAUGCUCUUGCUCCUCAAGAUCCCCAGCUACAGAAGCAUCACCUGAGCUCUGAGGAUUCAAAUAAGAGCUGCGGAUCUUCAUCAUCUUCCAAAUGCAGCAAGUUUGGUCAUCCCUUUGAGUCUGUAGAGCUUCAUGACCAACCUAGAAUCUCUCCCAUCCGCCCACCCGAGAAGAGACAACGGGUUCCUUCAGCAUAUAACAGGUUUAUCAAGGAAGAAAUUCAAAGGAUUAAAGCUAGUAAUCCUGACAUUAGCCAUAGGGAAGCUUUUAGCACUGCAGCUAAAAAUUGGGCACAUUUUCCUCACAUUCACUUUGGUUUAAAGCUGGAUGGCAGCAAGCAACCGAAGCCGGAUCAGACUUUUGCAGGAGGAGAUCAGGGAACUCAAACGUCUAGCGGAUUCUACUAA